AUGGCACGGCAAAUCCUCGAGAGUGUAAAAUCCGUGUCCGAGUUCAAGGAACGCACAAAGAAGGAGGAAGAUGCCGCCUACAAAUUUUUUGUGGAGCAUAAGGACACCCUCUGUUCACCGGACAAUCUGGGCACUGCGUCAAAAAUUAUUCGCCAUAAGUUGGAGCUGAGCACCCUGAAAAAUGAGCGUUGCAUCGCGAUGCUCAAAGCCGCGGGGGAAAAGCGAAAGCAAGAGGAGUUGGAGCAUAAAAAGAAGCUUCGUGAAUUCAAACUUAACAAAUUCAACGUUGACAGUCUCCCAUCGCUGGAUUUGAUGCGCCCUGUUACACCAGAAAUCAGGGAUACCUUGUAUGAAGGUAUCUCGGCUACUGGUGGUGGAAGGUCAAGGUACUUGAAGUUGAGGGAUCGGAAGGACCCAGAACACAAGUAUAACUACAAAUUCCCGGCUUCAUGGGAUUACGGCUGGUAUUUCAGUGAGAUGGUGAAACUGGAUAACAUCAAAAAACCUUUCAACCGUAGCGACGUUAUCAAAAAUACUCUCUUCGGCCGCAACGGUAUCCCCAUGGAGCAUAUCGGUGAAAUAGUUCAAAAGAAACGUUUUGUGUAA